AUGCUUGCGCUAGUGAAGCGGCAGGCCGUGUUAGAUACGCAUGUGGCCCUUCCGCCUCAAGUCCGUGUCGUCACGCUGCAAGGGAUGGCAUUGUCCGAUGUAAAUAGUUCCGGGCAUCGGUCGAAUGUCGGUGACGAUGAAGAAGUGAUCGCGGGGACGCGGCCAGACGAGGUUGCACAGCUUCUUGAGACACCUUACGAAGCGAUUGAGCAUGUCGUACACAAUGUGAUGGGCCCUUGGAUCGAAGCCUAUGUGGCGGGGCAUGCGGACGAUGGGAGCAGCAAAGACGAGAGCGAGGGCGGCAAGACAGGAGUGCCGCUGAUCCGGCGCAAGCUGGCUGAGCUGGAGCUGAGUCUGAGGCAUGUGCAACAGCACAUCGAGAUUCCGCAGGUCAUUUUAAGUGUGCAUCCGGCGAUCCGCGAGGCUUGCAAUGCUAUGAAGCAAGAGGGGAGUGAGCCGAGCGUGCGUGGGAUCGAUGCGAUUCAGCCGCCAUCGCUGCUGCAUGACGACUCCUUCAUCAACCAGUUGCAUGCAGAUAUGAAUGCGUGGGUGCGUGCAGUACAGACCAUCACGAAACUUGAUCGCGAUGCAGCGUCAGGAACUGCGCUGCAGGAGAUCAACUUUUGGGCUGCGAUGGAGAGUGCACUGGAAGACCUGGAGCGGCAGCUGCAUGCGCCUGAAAUUACGCUCACACUCGAUGUGCUUACACAUGCAAAGCGCUUCCAUGCGACUGUUUCUUUCCAUGCCGAUACGGGACUGAAGGAUUGCGUGGAAAAGGUGCAUGGCUACAAUGUGCUAUUGAAAGACCUGCCGCUGGGUGAGCUGCUCGCCGCCAUGUCGCUCGAUGCGCUAGCGGAUGCGCAGCGCAGCCUGUUUACGACGCUGAACAAAAAGCUGCGUCUCAGCACGUACCCUGUGCGCCGAGCGCUCGCGCUUGUCGAUGCACUCGGCCGGGACGUGCACCAGGUGCUGCUGAAAGUACUCGGGAAUGAGUCGCUCGUGGACCAGGAGUAUGCGGCAUUCACAUCGACGUACGCUGCGGUAGAGAGUGUGCUGAACGACUGGGACGAGCAUGUGAAAGAAUUUGUGUAUGUGGCGCGAGACCUCACGCGCAAGCGAGGGGAAAAGUUCAUCCCCAUCAAGGUGGCGUCGCCGCACAAUGCGCUGCGUGCACGACUAGAAUACUUGGGCCGUCUGCGCCAAGCACAUGAAGAGCUGAUCGACAUGGCAGACAUCGGGCACACAUACCGGACGGACGAGUCGACACAGCAUGCAGUGCAGGAAAUUCGCGCCGCUUUUGGCGAGCUGCGCGGCGUCGAUGUGCUGGAUGUGUCUGGGUCAGGUACGGCUGCGCUAGCCCAUGCCGAGGCGCUGUAUCGGGAGCGUAUUGCGCACGUCGAGACGCGACUCAUUGAACGACUCCGCCACCUGCUCACCCACGCGCAUUCGGCGCGUGAACGGCUGCGGAUCCUCGCCUUGUUUAACAAGUUGUUUGCCCGGCCGCGCGUGCGCGCGGCCGUGCAAGAGUAUCAGGCUGUGCUGCUCAAGGGUGUGCGUGCGGACCUCGAUGCGCUGCGUGCCAAGUUCCAAGCGGGCUACCGGCACUCAGAUGCCCAUUUGGCUGCGCAGCUCCGAAAUGAACCAGAGAUUGUCGGUGCGAUCAUCUGGGUCGGCGAGAUGGAGCGUCAGCUGCGCUUGUACAUGCAGCGAGUCCAGGAUGCGUUGGGCGAUGGAUGGGCGGAUCAUGUGGAGGGACAGAGACUGCACGCCGAGAGCCAGGCAUUUUUGCCGCAGCUGGACCCGAAGCCGCUGGUGCAAGCAUGGGCGCAAGAGAUGGGCCGCCGAGCAACGCUGCCGUCGGGCGCGGUGAUGCGCAUUGUUGCGACGCGCGGCAAUACCGCACCACACGACACGCCCGAAGCGGCAACGGGCGCCAACGCCGGUGUAUCGCUUCGCGCAGUCGCAAACUACGAUGCACAUACGCUUGCGCUGGCGGACGAAGCACAUGCGCUUACGAUGUUGGGCAUCUCGAUCCCACAGGUGCUUGUGAGCAUGGCGCAUGACUCACAGCGCAUCGCACCGUUUGCCACGGCACUCGACAGUGCGCUGCACACUCUCGAUAAGGUGCAAAAGCAAAUGACCUCAGAGCCACUGAUGGCGCCGCUCCUGGCGCAAGUGCAGUUGGACGUGCGCAGUAAAUGGGAGCGCGUGUGGCCAUGUCGCUGGGAACGCUUCCUCGACGGCAGCUCGAUGCAUGACAAUCCGCAGGCGGAUGUAGUCGAUGCGUUCGUGCGGGCGGUCGUCCAGCUGGAGUCGCAGUCCGCGCAUAUCGUCGUGCAUGUGCGCGAUGAUCUCCAUUCGCACAUGAAUCUACUGCAGACGUGUGCGUACACGUAUGAUGCGCUGCGCGCGGUGCUGGAUGGCAUGCAGCGUAUCAUCGAUACCCUUGCACAACAGUCGUAUGUGAACUUGCCGGCGUUUGUGCAUGCGCUGAGUGAGCGUGUGGACGGGAGACUGCAGCGGCGCCUGGAGGAUGCGCUUGCGUCUUUUACCACGACGCUCGACGAGCCACCCAGCCACAUUGUCGAUCAAAUGCCAGUUGUCCAUGUCGUGCUGCGGGCACAGACGCUGCAGCUCGAUCCGCCCCUUGAGCAUGCGCAAGCACACUGGUUCGAUGCGCUUGGAUCCUGCGUCGAUGCAGUGCUGAAGCAGCCGCGCCUCAGCGUAGCGCAGCGGGCGCUGGAGCUGCGUGAGCGACACGUCGAGACGCACGCCCCGCUGUGGACGGCCGUGCCGGCGCCGGUGAUCCAAGCGCCGCUGCGGCGGAUCCAGGCAGCUAUGGCGAACGCACAUGCGUAUGCGGCACAAUGGCUCGAACUGCAGAUGCUCUGGGAUGCAGAGCCCGAAUCGAUCGCUCCGGCGGACGACAUAGAAGCAUGGCUCUUGCUGAUGGAGCGGAUGCGAGCCACACGCACCUUUGUUGAUGCGCCCGCACGGCGAGCGUUUGGCCUUGUGCAGAUCGAUGCAACACCUGCACAGGCACGUAUCGCCGCGCGACUCGAUGCUUGGCAGGCUGCCCUGCUGACAAAGUGGGCUGCCGUCAUCAGCACGUCCAUGCGAGACAUGCACGAGCGCCUCGCUCGGGGGCGUGCAGAACUCGAGCCACUCAGCGCGACACAUACAUCCACGUCGCAUGUGGUCACGCUCAUAACGCGAGCGGCCGCUCUGCGGCAGGAUGUACGUGCGUGUGAGCCACUGGUACAACGCCUCGUGCAGGCGCAAGCGUCGCUCCAGGCAUAUCGGUUCCGUUGGCCGGCCGACUGGCUGUAUGUCGAGCAAGUCCAAGGCGCCUGGUCCGCGCUGGCCGAGCUGCUGAGUCAGAAGCAGGCGGCCAUUGAAGCGCAGCAUGAGGCACUCCAGGUACGUAUCAGUAGCGAGACACGCAGCGUACGCGAGCAGAUGGACGCACUCCAGGAGGCUUGGACACGUGAGCGGCCUGUGUCGGGUGGCGUGCCAGUCGCGGAAGCACUGCAGGUGCUGGGCGAGUUUGCCGCUCGCACAACAGCCCUGCACAACACCACCCGCAUGCUAGCCGAGGCGCGCGAUGCCUUCGGCCUUGACUCGCUCGACGACGCGCGUCUGACGCACGUGAGCGACGAAAUUCAGGGUCUCCAGACGGUCUGGAGUGCACUCGCACGCAUCUGGGCCGGCCUCGACGAGCUCAAGAGCACGCCCUGGUCGCAUGUCCAAGUGCGCCACGUACGGCAGCGCCUGGAGUCCCUUGUGCGCGAUUGCCGCGCGUUGCCAACGCGCAUGCGCUCAUACGAGGCCUACGAAACUGUGCACGAUGAGCUGCAGUUCCUGCACUCGCAUGUGAAGCUGCUGGGCGAGCUCAAGUCGGAUGCAUUCCAAGCAAGGCACUGGCGCGCACUCCACAUGCGACUCCAAGCGCCACGCUACGUCCCUAGUACACACACGCUCGGUGCCGUCUGGGCGCUGGACUGGCGAGCGCAUCUGCGCGUUAUCCAGGCAGCUGUCGCCGACGCGCAAGGCGAGUAUGCGCUGGACAUGUACUUGCAGCAGGUGCGAGAAGUGUGGACGGGCUACGCACUCGAACUAGUCGACUACCGCCACGAGUGCAUGCUGCUGCGUGGCUGGGAUGCGCUGUUUCUCCAAGCAAACGAGCAUGCAGGUGGCCUGCGCGCUAUGUCGGCAAGCCCGCACUACCGCGUGUUUGAAGAAGAGGCCCGCAUGUGGGAGGACCGACUCGCUCGGAUCCAAACGGUGUUUGACCUGUGGGCUGAUGUGCAGCGGCAGUGGGUGUACUUGCACGGCGUGUUUGGCAGUGGGAGUGCCGAGCGCAUGAUGCACAUCCUGCCGGUCGAAAGCACUCGCUUCCAGAGCAUGAGCAGCGAGUUUCUUGCGCUGCUGAAAAAGGUGCUGAAAUCGCCGUAUGUGCUCGACGUCGUCGGCGUCCCGGGGAUCCAGGCCUCGCUCGAACGCCUCGCCGAGCUCCUGCACCGCAUUCAGACGGCGCUGGGCGAGUACCUCGAGAAGGAGCGUGCCCGUUUCCCGCGCUUCUACUUUGUCGGCGAUGACGACCUCUUGGAAAUGCUCGGUCAUGGCCGCGAUGUACGCCAUACAUCCAAGCAUCUUGCAAAGAUGUUUGCUGGUCUUGCAUCUGCGCACGUGAGCGACAGCGAACCCAGCAGCGACAACAGUGCAUGUGUCAUUGAUGCCAUCGAGACCACAGCGGCCGAGCACGUGCCGCUCCAUUCGCCUGUGCGUGUUGGAAACGACACACCCGUGCAUGAAUGGCUCGAUGCUCUGCAGCGUGCCGUUCACGAGACUUUGAAGCGCCGCCUGCCAGACGUGCUUGGGGCUUUCAGUCGGCUCGUGUACGAUGAACCAAGCGUCACUGCAUGGCUCGACGGAGCGCCUGCGCAGCUCCUUGUCCUCUCAUGCCAGAUCGAGUGGGCUCGUCGUGUAGAAGAGGCGCUGGCCUCGGCGGGAAGCCACGCCACAGCCACUAGCCCUCACGACUGGGCGGCACCGCUCCUCGCAUCGCUGGAUGUCUUUCUCCGCACACUGAGCCAUGUAGCUUCGUCAUCAACUGUGGCGCCCUCGGUUCGUGUGCGGGCUGAGCUCCUCAUGUCGCUUGUCACACACCAAGUGUCCGUCGUUCACGAGCUGGGAAACGCAUCGUCGCGAUCCUCGAUGCCCCCGCCCUUUUCGUGGGAGCAGCACCUGCGGCAUUACCUGCUCGACGAUGGGCGCGUCGAAGUGCGCAUGGCCUACGCAGCUUUCGAGUACGGCUUUGAGCCAUUGGGCCUACAGGAGCGGCUUGUACAAACACCCCUGACAACAGCGUGCUACGUCACACUCACACAUGCACUUGCGUCGCGACGCGGCGGCGCUCCAUUUGGACCCGCAGGCACGGGCAAGACCGAGACAGUCAAGGCGCUGGGCGCCGAGUUGGGCCGAUUCGUCCUCGUAUUCAACUGCGACUCGCAAUUUGAUUUGAGUGCGAUGCGACGCCUCUUUGUGGGACUGUGCCGCGUGGGUGCCUGGGGCUGCUUCGACGAAUUCAACCGACUUGACGAGCAUGUUCUCUCAAGUGUGUCGCAGCAGAUCCAGGCCAUUCAGCAUGCGCUCGCGACAUCGACAGACGCCGACCUCGGCGUUCGCGUGCCUGUGCUCGGAUCCACAGGCAUCUUUGUCACGAUGAACCCAUCCUACGCCGGCCGCUCGCGCUUGCCUGACAAUCUUGUCAAGCUAUUUGGUCGCGUAGCUAUGACCCAGCCUGACUCGGAGCUCAUUGUACAGGUCUUGCUCCGUGUACAUGGCUUCACGAUUGCUGAUCGUCUCGCGCGCCAGAUGGUCUUGCUGUUCCGUCUAUGUGCCGAGCAGCUGAGCGAUGCACCGCACUACGACUUUGGCCUGCGUGCACUAAAAGCUGUCUUGGUCCGUGCUGCCGCUCACAUUCGACGUCGGCGUCGCGUGGCUGAGCCGGCGGCACUCCAUGCUGCCGCUGCUGCUACGGCUGCGUCGCAUUUGCAUGACGCCGCUGCAUCUACCGCGUCUGUGAGCGCUUCCGAGCAGACGGCGGCAAUCGUACAGAGCAUCUUUGAUACUGUGCCGCCGCGUCUUGUUGCUGCGGAUGCGCCGCUCUUUACCGAGCUUGUGUCGGACGUGUUCCCCGGCGCCCAACCUGCGCCACUUGCGCUUGACACUCUGUACGAUGCGCUGCGCAUUGAGUGCGAAACACAACACCUUGGCACCGGCGCCUGGCUCGAGAAAGUGGGGCAGCUGUAUCAGAUUCUCCAAGUUUCACAUGGUGUCGUGCUCGUCGGCGAUGCUGGCGUUGGUAAGACGCGUGCGUGGCGCGUCCUCCUCGCAGCGCUCAGUCGUCUCGAGAACCGCGAGCGCGAUGGCGUCGCACACGUGCUUGAGCCGAAAGUGCUCAGCAAAGAAGCGUUGUAUGGCACACUCGAUCCCACAACGCGCGAGUGGACAGAUGGCCUCUUUACCCACAUCUUGCGGCGGAUUGUCGAGAAUGAGCGUCGCGAACGCGAGCAGCGCCACUGGAUCGUUUUUGAUGGUGACUUGGACCCUGAAUGGGUCGAAACACUCAACAGUGUCCUUGACGAUAACCGCCAGCUUACGCUGCCGACAGGCGAGCGCCUCGCUCUUCCGGACAAUGUGCGUCUGCUUUUCGAGGUCGAUAAUGUCCAGCACGCGACUCGCGCCACCAUCACUCGCUGUGGCAUGGUAUGGUUCCCCUCGCAGAUCGUCUCGAUGCACAUGAGGUAUACGCAUGCCCUCGCUAUGCUGCGCACUCACGCGGUCGAUGAUGACAACUUCGACAUGACCCGCCCUGAGCUGGAGCUCCACAACGAUGGUUUGGCGUCGGUACGCUCAUCACACCGCAUUGCCGCUGUCGUUGCCGAUGCGAUAGCUCCCUACAUGGCCGACGGGGCCCUCGUGGAUCAUGUGCUCGAUGCUGCCCAAGCUCACCCUCAUUGCAUGCAGCCGAGCCACGUCCGCAUACUCACGUCGCUGAUGGCGCUCGUCCGGCACGUGAUUCGAUGCGUGCUUGCAUACGACACUCGGCACCCCGACUUUCCACUAAGUGUGCAUGACACAGCGUUGGUGGCGCGCAAGUCGUUCAUGAUCGCUCUCGUGUGGGCGGCGGCUGGCGAUGCGGAGCAUGCUGUGCGCGAUGCCGUUAGCGACGUCGUGCGGCAGCAUGCCGAUGUCGAGCUGCCGCCACACAGCACGCCGCUGCUCGACGUGUUUGUUGACGCAGAGCCUGGCGCGCCCUACCGUUCCUGGAAUGAUCAUGUCGUGCAGAUUGAUGUGGAUGCACGCGCAUUGACCACAGGCGAUACCGUCGUGCCGACCAUCGAUACUGUGCGGCACGAGAGCUUACUGCAUGCAUGGCUGCAGGAUGAGCGCCCAGUUGUUCUGUGUGGACCCCCCGGCUCCGGUAAGACGAUGGUGUUACUCACCGCGCUGCGUCGCCUGCCGGAUGUCGAUGUCGUCACCCUGAAUCUGUCUUCGCAGACGACGCCUCGCACCUUACUGCGUACACUGGAAGCGCAUGCCGUGUACGAGCACACGCCAGCCGCGGGCACGCGUCUCGUGCCGCGUGUGCCUGGCCGCCGCCUUGUCCUCUUCUGCGACGAGAUCAACCUGCCUGCGCCUGACCGGUAUGCUACGCAGCGAGUGCUUGCGCUAGUGAGGCAAUGGGUCGAGCAGCGCGGCUUCUGGCGCCACCGGACCUGGGUCUCGCUCGAGCGCAUCCAGAUCGUCGGCGCCUGCAACCCACCAACCGACGCUGGGCGCACUCCCCUUGCGCCGCGGUUCCUGCGUCACAUCCCUGUGAUCUGGGUGCCAUACCCAUCGGACGCUGCUUUGCUCCAGAUCUACAGCACCUUGUACCGCGCUCUCUUGCGCCGUGUGCCGGCCCUCGUUGGGUAUGCGGAUGCGUUGGCGCGAGCAAUGCUCUCGUUCUUCCGCGCGACACAGCACCACUUCACGCCUGAGCAAUAUGCACAUUAUGUGUACUCGCCACGUGAGCUGACGCGCUGGGUCCGUGGCAUGCACCGUAUCCUGCCAGAAGACGUCACGCUCGACGAGCUCCUCCGUGUUUGGGCGCAUGAGGCCCUGCGUGUGUUCCAGGACCGUCUUGUUACACCAGCCGACAAGGCCUGGAGCGACGCAGCACUGGACGAAGCAGCGCACAGCGCAUUCCCGGGCACGGACAUUGCCACGACGCUGCGCCGGCCACUGCUGUAUUCAGACUGGCUCUCCCGCGAAUGCCAGCGUGUGGAGCGAGCCCCGCUUCGUGAGUAUGCUCGUGCACGAUUGCAUGGCUUUGCCGACGAGGCUCUCGAGACAGACCUCGUUCUGCAUGACGCUGUGCUAGAUCUUGCAUUGCGCUGCGAUCGUGUGUUACAGCAGGCUGGUGGGCACCUCCUGUUGAUGGGCGUCGCCGGCUCAGGUCGCACAACCGUCGCUCGUUUCUGUGCGUGGCUCCGUGGUCUCUCGCUGUACAGUGUACCGACAUCUCGUGCCUAUGACGAGACACGCUUCGACGAAGAUCUCCGUGCGCUCUUGCGCCGCGUCGGCGUGCGAGGUGAGCGUGUGUGCUGGACAUUGGAUGAGAGUCAAGUUGCCGUGCCCGGCGCGUGUAGAAAAGCUCAAUACCCUUCUAGCCAAUGCAGAAGUCGCGGGCCUAUUUGA